GUGAAUGAAAAUGCAACUACUAGUGCAGCAAAUGUUAUUUCAAAUGAAGAGCGAGACAAAUUUUUGGAAGUGAUUAAAGAAAACGAGAAGGUCGUGUUGGAGCAUGCAGCAAAGGUCCAGGAAAUGCUGACGAAAAAUGAAAAUUUAACCAAGCAAAUGACAGAGUUGUCAGCUGAAGUAGCAAAAACAAACAAAGGGAAACAAAAAAUUGAAUCUGAAUUGAGUGAAACAGCAAAGAGGUGUGCUGAUUUCCAAAAGAAAUGCGCUGGCUUUUUCAACCAAGUUGUGAGUUUGAAUUCAAAGCAACAAGAAUCUGAGGAGGAGAUUUCUUCAUUGAAACAAGCAUGUGAAAACCUACGUGCACAAGUUGCUGAGAAAGAAACCAUGAUGGUCAGGAUGAGAGAUGCUGUAAGUAAAACAUAGUUGAGUUAAGAAUUCUGAAAUUACAGACUAUUAAACUUCAAAAGUUAUGGGAGUCACUUUGUUAACAGUUUCCAGACCCCUCCAUAAAUAAAAUUUACGCAAAAAUAUCAAUAUUUUAGCAUAUUUUGUCUCUUGGCAGUUAAAGAUGUAUGAGGAUGAUUUGCAACAUGUAAAUGAGGAGAAAGCAGGCAUGGAGGAACGACUGGAUACAUUACAACAAGAAAAUGCCCGCUUGGGACGUGAAAAUCAAGCACAUGUGGAAACAAUACGUCAUUUUGAAGUAAGGAAUACUUAUAAGUGAGUUUUACUAUAAACACUAUGGUAUAGCAGAUGAUGUUCAACCAGUGCUUUUCCAGUUAGUUGUUCUGGAAAGUUUUGAUUGUGUCUACAGACAAAGACACACAAUGACAGAUGGUCUGUGUUACGGUUGAUCCAUUUUGACCGAUUUAUUUUCAGUAUAACUUGAGCGAAUAAGUACAAAUGAACAAGUUAAACAUAUUACUUAAAUAGAAAAUUAGUCUUAUAAAUUCUUGAUUUUUAGAUCAAGCGCAUUAUUAUUUUUUAAUAUAUAUAUAAGCAUGAAAUGUUUUCAUUGCAGAAUGGAGCUUUACAGCCAAUUGUGGUAGCAGAUGGUGCCGGCCAUGUUGAUGUAAGUUGUAAAGUUUCUACCUUUCUUUUAUGUUUUCACGUGGGUUUGUGUCACCACAAUAACAUUUUGGUUCGGUUUGGUUGAAAAUUGGAUGAUUAAGUUACAGUAAGAUGAAGUAAGGAAUAAUUUAUAUAUAAGUGAGUUACUUUAUAAAAAUUAUUAUUCAUUACCUUAUUUGUGUUUUUCAAUAUAGUAUUAUAUUUACGACGAUCAAGAUUUUGCUGGAAUGUCACUCGAUUAA